GUCUGUUUGAGCGAAGCUGAAUCAGUGUUUGUCAGAUUGCGUCCGCGGGCAGUAGAAAAAAAACGGCUGCUUUUCCGCGAACAAAAGGAAGGUGUGUUCGUCGGGCUCGCCUGCUAGAGUGUGCGCUGCUGCAAAAAACAGUGUUUUUCAUUCAUUACACAUACGCGAACGGUGGACAGUGCUGGCGGAGGAACAUCGUUCUCUGACCAGAAUCGGGUGAAUCAAGCAGGCUACCUCGUGUGUGCGAAAAGAAUCCGAAUUUUCGCGUUUUGUUAGUUUCGUUCUUGUCGGUGAGGUGUGGAUUGUGCAAAAUUGUCUUUCGGACGCAAACGAAGCGGAUUUGGGACCAUCUGCUCGCUCGCUCGCUGCCUAGUCGCGCUGUUGCGUGGAAAGUUGCAGAUUGCUUCGAUGAAACCUAGCCAUUAAGUUUUAAGCUGCAUCAACGCGCUAUGGUAACUGUGAUCCGUCAAGCGAAGAAGAAAAGCAAAACACCGUAGAAAAUUCGAAUUCAGCGCUGUGCCCGGGCCGGGGGGUGGAGGAAGCGGACGGGAUCUGGUAGGCGCGGCGCGGCGUAGUGUUGUGUUCAGCUUUGUGAAGCACUGAAGAGUGUCGUAAAAAUAACCCACCGACCGAGAUGGAAAUCUGUGCUAGCUGAAGGAAUUUCUAAGUCGAAUCAGGGAAUUAGGUUGCUCGGUUCCGUUGAUUGUGUGAUUGUGAUUGACUUCCCGCAAGGAGAAAAGAGUCGAAGUGUGACAGACUGCGGAGGCACAAGCAUUCCAAAAAAGAGCAUCAAGUGGGUGUUUGAUGUGGUGCGGCCUACGCUUGCCUGAACGUGACAAUCCAAGCAGAAUGAUGACGACCGCCGAAAUAGAAGUAAAACAGUGUUUGGAUUGCUGAGUCUCGACACCCCGUGGAAGAACUCGUGCAGUGAAUAAAUAGAGAGAAGAAUACUAAUUUGACAUUGAAAGUCCCGGAAGGCCGCUGCCGCCACCACAGCAGAAUUCUUGACCCGGAUUGGGCAUAUUGGGAGCUGCAGUAGUUGAACCACAUCGUCUACAACGAUGAGUUCCACCGUCGUAACGCGGAGAGGCGCCCAGAAGGCCAAAGUCAGCACCAGAGCCCAGCAAGCGGCGGAAGAAGCCGAGGCCACCGAACGACGGAAUAAAUUCUACGGACGCAGACAGAAUCCCAUUAGUUUGGCGGAGGCUAAAAAGCGAGGCAAGCUGAAAAUGAGUUCCCAAAUGGGACCGGAAGGUACGGCACUGGGGUCGGAUCAGACCGGAGCACAGCUGAAGGACAUCUACAGCAAUGCGAUGUCGUCGAUGGAGCUGGUUCGUGGCGAGACGGGAUUGGUGUAUGACGAGAAGUUCGCCGAGCAUCGAUGCCUCUGGGAUACGGGUUAUCCGGAAUGUCCGGAGAGGUUUACCCGGGUGCUGGAACGAUGCCGACAGUUGGGACUUGUGGAUAGGUGUAGGACAGUGGAACCGAGGAUGGCCACCGAGGAGGAAAUCCUGACCAAGCAUACGCCGGAGCAGGUGGAGAUUUUGAGGCGUACCAAAGGAAGCGAAGAUUUGGAACGGCUGGAGGAACUGAGUUCGCGGUACGAUGCGAUUUACGUGCACCCGUCUUCAUAUGAUUGUUCGCUGUUGGCUUGUGGGAGUACGAUCGAGCUGGUGAAUGCUGUCGUGACAGGGCGGGUGCAAAAUGGUAUGGCCAUAAUCCGUCCGCCGGGACAUCACGCCAUGAAGGCGGAAUACAAUGGGUAUUGCUUCUUCAACAAUGUGGCCAUUGCCGCCCAGCAUGCACUGGACCGGUUGGGGCUGAAGAAGAUUCUGGUGGUGGACUGGGACAUUCACCAUGGCCAGGGCACCCAGCGGAUGUUCUACGAUGAUCCGAGGGUGUUGUACUUUUCGAUUCAUCGAUACGAGUGCGGCAAGUUUUGGCCGAAUCUGCGAGAGUCGGACUUUGACUACGUCGGAGACGGUGCAGGUUUGGGUUACAACUUUAAUGUGCCACUCAACCGGACUGGGAUGACGAACGGGGACUACCUGGCCAUUUGGCAGCAGAUCCUGAUGCCCGUAGCGAUGGAGUUCAACCCAGAGUUGGUUAUCGUUUCGGCCGGUUAUGAUUCUGCCCUCGGGGAUGACAAGGGCCAAAUGGAGAUCACACCGGCGUUCUACCCGCAUCUGCUAGCUCCUCUGAUGUCUCUUGCUCAAGGUCGUGUCGCUGUCAUCCUGGAAGGUGGUUACUGUCUGUCAUCGCUGGCCGAGGGCGGUGCUCUCACUCUGCGGACACUCCUUGGUGAUCCUUGUCCGUUACUGGUGGAGAAGCUGCACCCUCCGUGCGAAAGCAUGCAACAAACAAUCCUAAAUUGUAUUCACACACACCGACCCUACUGGAAGAAUCUCCAACUGAACGAUACCUAUGGUCUCGAGGAGUUGAACAACGUCAACCCACAACCGAAUUUCCAUCAAGUAGUCCAAUACUACGUCCAACCGGAACCCCAACCCGAACCCAUCCGGUACGAAACUCGAAACUGUUACCCACUUCAAAGCGCGGAUGAGAAAGCCCGCAUCGAAGAACGUCUGUCCAUGCUUCAGAUUGCCACCCGUCUUACAUUCCCUUCGAAUCGCGUAUGCUUCGUUUACGACGACCUUCUCCUAGAGCACCGGAAUGUGCAUGAAGCCCAUCCGGAACAACCGGAGCGGAUAGCUAAAAUCUACACCCGCCACGAAGAGUACAAACUGCUGUCCCGGAUGAAGCGCCUCAAGCCGCGGCAUGCGACCACUACUGAACUGUGCAUGGUUCAUUCCCGACAGCACGUCAACGUGAUACGGCGGACAGUCGAACGGGAAGAGAUGAAACAGGUGGCGGACCAAUUCAACUCGGUCUACUUCCAUCCGAAGACGUUCGAAUGUGCCACCUUGGCGGCCGGAUCCGUCCUGCAGGUCGUGGACGAAGUGCUGAAUGGUCAAUCGAGGAGUGGAGUCUGCAUCGUACGACCUCCGGGCCAUCAUGCCGAAUCCGACAUGCCCCAUGGGUUCUGCAUCUUUAACAACGUGGCAAUCGCGGCUCAGUACGCCAUCCGGGAUCACGGAUUGAAGCGGGUGUUGAUCGUAGACUGGGACGUCCAUCACGGUAACGGCACGCAACAUAUCUUCGAAAGUGAUCCCCGAGUGUUGUACGUAUCGGUUCAUCGGUACGACAACGGGACGUUCUUCCCGAAGAGCACCGAUGCGAACUAUGACGUGGUAGGAUCCGGUUCCGGCGAGGGCUUUAAUGUGAACAUUCCUUGGAACAAGAAAGGCAUGGGAGAUCAAGAGUACGCGGCAGCCUUCCAGCAGGUUAUCCUUCCCAUAGCAUACGAAUUCGAUCCGGAGCUGGUUCUGGUGUCUGCUGGGUUCGAUGCAGCCAUUGGUGAUCCCUUGGGUGGAUGCAAGGUUACCCCCGAAGCAUACGGAUUCUUCACUCAUUGGUUAUCUUCGUUGGCCAACGGCCGCGUGGUGGUUUGUCUGGAAGGAGGCUACAACGUGAACUCGAUAUCCCACGCCAUGGCAUUGUGCACGAAAUCCCUACUCGGUGAUCCUUUGCCAAUGCUUCACCUGAGUUCACGAUACAACGGACCAAACGCUGCUUGCGCGGAAACUCUGAGGAACGUUUUGUCGGUGCAGGAAAAGUUCUGGAAGUCGCUGCGGUUCAACAAAAAGCUGCCCGAUUUCAGCAACAGCUCCGGUGUCGAGCCGGAUCUAAAUGGUGCCUUCGAUAGGUUGAACCUGUCAUCAACGGGGACGGAGUCUUCUAGCAGUGGGUCGCCCUCGUCGACGGGGUCAUCACCGGUAAAGAAUAAGGACGCAGACGGAGCUCCGUGCGAUGGAGAUGACAAACCAGGAUCGAGUCGAAAACGGAAAACGGAAGACCAGCUGGAGGCUGGACCUAGCGCUGGAAGGGUCAGUAGUGGUGAGAAGCACGAAACGCUCAGGGACUUCUUGGCUGCCAAUUUAGAGGCCUUACAGAACGAGGAAAUGUUCGCUGUCGUUCCUUUGCGGGACUGCCCGCAUCUCAAAGAACUCAAUCCGGAAAAUAUUCCUGAAGCCAUCAGUACAAAAUCUCCCUGCACCGGGUGCGACUCCACAGCGGAGAACUGGGUUUGCCUACACUGUUUCCGGGUGCACUGCGGUCGCUACAUCAACGAGCACGCCAUGCUGCACAGCCUGGAGUCGGAGCACGCGCUAGCCCUCAGUUUCAGCGACCUUUCGGUGUGGUGCUACAAGUGCGAAUCCUACAUCGACAACCCGCUGUUGUACGCGUACAAAAAUCUGGUCCAUCAGGACAAGUUCGACGGCGAAGAGCUGGUGUGGUCCUACGGUAGCGAUCUGUUCUUGGACGUGACCAAACCGACGACGGCCAAGACCGGAAAAACCAAGGAAUGAUAUUUGUUUUUGUCCAAGAUUUUAGUCCGGAUAUUCAUGCUCUAUUUGGCCAACUAUCUGAUAACUGCCUACUUUAAGUGAGCUCCUGUCUGCCUGCAUGCCUGAGUGGUGCUCGUUUUUCGGUUAACAAACUCAUCCAAUACACCCAUACAAGUAUUAUUACGUAGACAUUCGCUAUUGCUGUAUUCAAUGAUUGGAACUCAGCAAAGUGUGUUACUACCUACGUAGGUUUAUAUAUUUUUUAAAUUGACCUUUUCUGAUGAUUUUAACAAAACCAGUGCAGGUUUCUUUAACUCCCAAUUGUUAAUAUAUUGUAACUGUUUAUCUAGAAUAACUCAAGUUUAGGAACGUUCAAAUUAAUAUUUAAGCAGGCACCUAAAUUAUUAACAAUGCUAACCAAAGAAGUGAUAGCAGACUAAUGCAGCUUGACACAACCGUCGAAAAAUAAAAAGACAAAUUGAUAUUGUUGACCAACGAUUAGUUAUUAGAUCGAUCCACAAAAAAGUUCUGAUCCGUCAGUGAAAAAAAGAGUACACAUUUUGAGGAAGAGCUUUUCGGAAAGGAGUUUUAUACAUAGUUCUUUCUAUUGUGCGUGGAAACUCGUUACAAGAGGUGUAAUGGGCAUCAAACACCAGUGUAAACGUUGGAAAUGUUGAAUAAAACAAGUUAGUUUAGUAACCACUAGUUGAAGAUACAAUAAAAGCAAUUAAUUUAUGUUCAAA